AUGCCGUAUUGUAGUGUAUUUGGUUGUAGUAACAAUAAAGGAACGCAUAGAUUUCCUAAUCGCGAUAAUUCACCUGUGCGUUUUAAUAAAUGGACCAAUUUUUGCAAGCGUAAACUUUUUAAACCAACUAAUAAUUCUGUGAUAUGUUCUCAUCAUUUUAAAAGUCAAGAUUUUGAUGACUCAGACAUUUUAAAACAAAAAUUAUUGGGAGACAAAUACAAGUUAAGAUCACCCCGCUUAAAACCAGGUACGGUACCAACAAUAUUUGUAAUAAAUAAUGAUAAAAAUAGCGAUGGUAAUGCAACAACUAAAAAACCCCGUUCUGAAAGAAUAAAAAAUCAAGAAAAAAAAGAUAUGGUUGAGAGUUUAAUCGCUAAAAAAUCAAAUAUUGAUUCAUAUGAACAUAAUAAAAAGGAGGUAAAGUUAAGUUGUACGGAGGAUAAUAUAAGUGAUGUAGAAGAAAACGCGUCAUAUACAGAUAAUGAUUUUUAUGAUGAUCCCGAUUUUGAGUGUGAAAAUGAGGAGGAAGACUACACUGAAGAAUUUGAUAAUGUUGAAAAUACCGAAAUAAAAUAUUGUUUAGUAUUUAUUAAUUCAUUACUAACACUGUUUACAGUUUGUAAUAUUUGUAAAAGUAAAAUAAUAAAUAAAAAAUGGUACGCAAUUGGUGCAACAAUAUGUGUAAGAUCAGAAUGUAGCGAAGGUCACUCAUCAAAAUGGUUUUCACAGCCUGUUAAUAAACAAUUUUCUAAGGGUCACGUACAUAUUGCUACAUCUAUACUUUUAUCUGGUACUUUAUUUGCUACGUUUAAAGUAUUUUGUUCAAGUUUAAAACUUGUAAUGUUUAGUAGAACAACAUACGAUAAAAUUAUGAAUAAAUAUUCUUACCCUCUAAUCGAAAAAAUAUGGGAGAAAAAGAGAACAGAACAGAUGAAUUAUGUCAAGGAAAGUGGACAGUUAUGGAUUGCUGGAGAUGGUCAGUACGAUUCACCUGGUUUUUGUGCCAAAUAUUGUACUUAUACUUUUAUGGACAUUAAUUCUGGUUGUAUAGUAGAUUUUCAAUUAAUUCAAAAAAAAAUGAUGCCGGGAGAUUUAGAAAAAAAUGCUUGUAAACAAUUAAUUGAUAAAUUAAUAGGUACCGAUAAAUGCAAAAUUGAUUUAUUAUUAACCGACCGCCAUGUAGGAAUAAGGCAUUUGUUGAAAACAUCUUACCCAGAAAUCACACAUGAAUUUGAUUUAUGGCAUUUAUCUAAAAGCCUAAUGAAAAAAUUUAAAACAAUUAAUAAAAAAUACGAAGAAGUUUUGGCAUGGAAGCAAUCCAUAAGUAAUCAUUUAUGGUGGUCGGCACAAACAUGCAAUGGCGAUUCUGAAGUAUUAGUCACAAAAUUUACAUCUAUAUUGAAACAUAUUAAAAACGUUCAUGAAUGGGAAGAGGAUGGAUUAAAAAAACUUGUGAACAUCCACCAUUAA